GCAAACUCAACAACCAGAUAAUAGUGCCACCUUACAAUGGUCAGGGUAUGAGAUUUGAGACAACUGGUUACAAGGUUUUACUGUAUAUUGACAAAAUUCGCUCCAGCGUCUCCAUCUCAGUAAACAGUGACCUAACUGUUACCUUGGCAAUGGAAAACUUUCAGCAUAAUACUGAAGGACAGUGUGGUGUUUGUGCUGGAGCGUCUUGUGUGCGCAGGGAUGGCACGGUCGAGGACGACACGUGCUGUGGACUGACAUCUUUAUCGUGGGUGUAUGAGGAUCCAGCAAAGCCUUACUGUAAACCCAAAGACCUUCCCUGUACACUUCCUACUCCUAACCCUACUCAUAGUCCUUCCCCCUGUUCACCUGACCCUGUGGGUGCAAAGCUCUGUGAUAUCAUUGAUGGCAGUGCCUUUGCGGAGUGCAGAAAAAUGGUGGACCUGUCGCACAUCAGACAGAGCUGUAAAGCAGAUUUGUGCCUGAUGAAGAACAACACUGGCCUCACAUACCUCUGCUCAGUGCUGAGCAAAGCCGCUGAGGAGUGUAACGCACGCAACAUCUGUGUGGAAUGGAGACACCUGACCAACGGAGUUUGUGAUUUCUCUUGUGACCAAGGGAUGGUUUUUCAAGAAUGUCGUGACCAUGCUGAUGACUACUGUGAAGCAGGGUGA